GGAAAAAAAACGGUUCUUCAUGUUGCAGCAUUGAAUAAUAGGAAAGAAGUAGCUAAACUUCUUAUUUUCAAUUGUCCAAACGUCAACGAAAAAAAUAAAUAUGGAAAGACGGCACUUCAUUAUGCAACAAGUAAUAAAAGUAAGUAA